GAUACAUUCACUGUGUGGAGCUAGCGUCACCAUCGAUGGCACAAGUGAUCUGGAACACAGACAUCGACGUCUACAAUCCCGACGUGAUCCCGGUGCUGGUGGCCAAAGCCAUUGCCGGGUUUCUCCCCAUCCAGGACCUCUUGAGCUUUGGGCAGGUGUCGCGUAACACCUACCGGACUGUGAGUGAUCCCGAGGUGUGGGUGGCCCGUCUCCGGGCCAUGAAGGUGUGGCAGACGGCCCAAGUGCCCAGGGACGGGCACGGACGUCCAUUGACGCCAGGGGAGAUCCACGACCUUGAAAACCCCCUCAUCUGUGUCAACAGCGUGGUCAAGAUCCCCAAGUUGGCCCAGUUCCAGCUCCUCAAGAUCCAUAAGAGCCUCUACCCCUACUACGUCGACUUGCUCGGAAACAAAUCGUACGAUCAGCUCAAGAUCUUCAAAGACUUCACCACCCCCGAAGACCAGGCCAAGAUCUUGAACAACCUCAUCAUGUACAACAAAAUCGACUACAUCGACGACUCUAGAGAAGUCAUACGCGACAAGAUCAACGCCUUGUUUGAGAUCUUCGAGAACGCCUUGCUCCGUGAGUUGGAAAUCCACUUCGACAUCCAAGACUACGAAGUCACUAAGCGGUUUGUCAAGAUUUUGAUCGAUCUAAAGAACCAACAGACCCUCAUCGACUUCUUCCUUCAAAAGAGCAUAUUCGACAACGAAGAAAGCGAAUUGUUCAAUCCCGAAACCUUCGAUGCCUCCAAAUUCUUCGAGCCAGUAGGUUGGAAAGAAUCCCAUGUUGAAGAUGGGAUCGAAAAGAUUCAGUUAGACGAUAGCCCGGUUUCUGAAGAAGAUCGUGAGUACGAGCUUAACGAACCAGAAUUCAAACGAUUAAUAGCAGAUCUAGCUGCGAUUUUCAAUCAACAGGCGCAGGUGAUCGACCUCAUAUUCCCUCAAUCUGUCCCUAUGAUGUACAAGGUUUGUGAGGAGUUGAUCUCCAACCAAGUCAAGGAAUUACUCAUGAUUCUUAUCGACGCCUCAAAACUGAAGAAUUUAUACUUGACGGUAGUUCCAACGAUUUAUCAACUCAUGACCGAAGACUUUAUUGCUUUGUUGAAGCCCAAUGAAAAUGUGGGUGAGAGCUAUCACCAAUUGGUAACGGAGUUAUUCGACAUGCUGUAUGAAUCAUUUGUGGUAGAACACAUGAGGGAAGAGGCAGUUUUCUUCCAAGCCAAUUCCAAAGCCCAUAUUCUUGAAUGGAAAGAAGACAUAUCCAAAAGAGAAGCAGAAACAACCCAAAAUAUCCUCAAGCAUGUUAAAGUGGAAACCAAAAAUGAUUUCUUGACAAGUUUCAAAAAAGUGUUCACAGUCAAUACCAAUAAUUCUUCUGGAAAGAAUUCUGAGGCAACUGACGAAAAGAAUUAUUCAGAGAUACAAGCCAAAGCCCAAAUUUUAUCUGAAAACAUCAAAUCUUUGAACAAGACAUUGAGUCCUAGCUUGGUAUUGGAAACCCUCAAUGAAGCAAGAACCUCCCUUCAAAGACUCUACCGUUUCAAAUCAUUUACCAUUGCAGCAUUGAAGGAUGAAAUUUUCACAAGCAUGCAAGGCAUUUUCGUACACGUACUUGAUACAAUUGGAAGUGAACACAUCAGACCAGGUUUUGAAAGAGCAUUGCAAUAUUUACAGACCUAUAAUCCAGCAUCUCCAACGUACACCGAAUCACAUAAUGAGUCUUUCAACGAGCCAAUUGGGUUGUUUUUCGAAUUAAUCAACAUGGCAGACUUAAUUAUUCAAAUGAUAGAUAUAUUCUACAAAGAAGAAUUGAUCAAUAGAAACAUCUUUAAGCAUGAAAACUCUAUUUUCAAUACCUCCUUGCAGAACAAGAAGAAGCUUGAAGCCUUAGUCGAUAAGUAUGUGGCUGACGGACUCAAUGUCGGUAUUGAAGUCUUAGUCAAUGAAAUCGAUCAUGUUUACAAAACUAACUCUGUGGACGCUGAUUACAAUGCUGCUCCAAAUACUGCAUUGUCAAUAGGGCCUACUGAAGCUGCGAAAAAGGCUGUCAAGAUUUUGGACGAUAAUAUUGACUUGUUAGUAGACAGCGCUGACAAAUCGAUAGUUGAAGUUUUCCAACAGGAAAUUGCAGAGAGAUUUUUCCAAAUCAUCGUUAAAACUAUGAAGAACAACACUAUUUCAGUGACAGGUGCGACCAAUUUGAUUUCCGAUCUUAAUUUGUACUAUGAUUUCAUGGUGGCCCACAUCAAAUCGAACAAAAGAAUGGUUUUGCCGUUGUACCAAUCGUUGAAGAAAGUCGGAAACAUCUACUUGAUUGGUGGAACUGACUCAAAGGCCAUUGGAAAGCUUGUUAGCGAUUUGUCCAAAUUUAAUGGUAUAUUUGGACAAGAAGAAAUCUACGAAUUUGUUCAAAGGAGACAAGAUUGGCCACAAAUCAGAAAACACGUUGAGAAGGUCAUGUAUGGUUUCGGCUUGGGAGAUUGCACUAUUGUUUAAGCUUCAAGAACUGUAAAUAUGUAUUGAAUAUCUGCAAUAUAUACAACC